AGGUCAGAGAAGACUAUCUGGGACUUGGCAGUGGAAGAGAGGAAUAAAACUGAAAACCAUUCAAAUAGAGGUAUUUCCAAUCUAGAUGUAUACUGUAAGUGUAUUGUCAAGCCUCCAUUAUAUGUAUUAAUUUUUCUCAAGUUCCUCCAGAAAAAGAAUUGGUGUGUCCUCACUUAUUUUGUCAGAAACUGUAAGGCCUAAGAAACUGUAGCAUUUGGGUGCUAAGUACUGUACUACUUAAGGGAAAGACAUUAGUUUUGCUUUUAACUCUUUACACCCCAACAUCAGCAUACAUAUUCUCCAUACUGUUCCUUAUAUGUUUCUUAAGGUGUUGACAUGGAGAAUUUGUUUAACAUUUAAGAGCUUCUUAAGUUUGUGAUUAUUUCCUUUAUUCUUGUGACCUCAAUGAUUGAUUUAGGGGUGAUACUGUAAGGAGAGAUACAAUGCUUGUCAUUCUUUGGAGUUAAAAGGUGAAGAAUCAUAUGAUGGGUCUGAGAAUCAAUGUUGCUUUUAAUAACACUAUGAAUGCAAGGCAAAAGUAGAAACUAAAGUUAACUAACUAUGAAGAUGUUAUUUUGAAGUUCUCUCUCUUCUGGGUUAAGAUCAACAGGAUGACUUACAGUUGUCAAGCAGUGAUGAAUCCAGUAUCUUUAUCCUGGGAAGUAAAAACUCUGUAAGUUUUCAUCAGCUUUGUCACUCAGAAAGGGAUUUAAAUCACAAAAGACUUAACUUGUGAAAUAAUAUUAUUUAAAGAAUUCAACAUUUUAUUUAUUUGAGUUUCUUGUUCAACUCCUUUCCAGCAAAAAUGUUUGUUUUGCAGUUAUUUCUAUGGUCAUUUUUUGUUGUUCCACACUUUUAGUUAGUCUUGUGUAAUUUUGUCCUUUCAUCCCUCCAUUAAAUAGUAUGUAAUUGUUACCAACCCGUUUGAUAAUGGUGACAUAUUGUCAUAAAAUUGUCAUUUUUUGCUGUUACAUAUUAUUGUUCAUGAAGUCUUCCUGUAAUCACUGUUCAAUGCUUAUGAAUUGUAUCAAUUUAUAGGGUAAAACCUCCAUAAUUUUGAGAUUUCUUGAUCGGUGAGUAUAAUUAUUCAAAGAUGCUAAACAACCUCACAUUGAAAGCCAUACAUAACAGUGAACUUUUAUUCAAUCAAUAACUUCACUCCCAAGAUCUGAUAUUUAAUUCUCCCCUCUAGUAAUGGACCUAUUCUUGUAAAUUAUUUGUAAAAAUUUGGUGGUAGAUCAAAAUAACUAACACCUGACAAGUUUGAAUUUUCUCAUUUCCCUGAUUACUGGUUAAAGUAAUAGAUAGUAUUAGAGAGAAGUUACUCAUUAAUCACCUCUGGGAAUUAUAGGUUUAUUUGUUUUAGAAAUGGUGGAAACAUUUCGUAUAAAGAUCAAGAAAUUUGACAAAAUUUGUUAAUAAUCUAAUUGUAGAGAUGAAGCUCCCAAACCAACGACAGCUUUGGAUUACACCUUUGGAAGAAGAGCUAAAACUGGACACAAUAUUGUAAGACUCUGUACACUUAGUUUCAAGACUGUGUGUUUAAUAUAUUAAGAUUAAUGGAUGAUUGAUUAGUGAUUAAUGGAUUUGGUCUCUCUAGAGGCAAGACUGUUAUUUUAAUUAAUAUGUAAGAAGAAGAAAGUUCAGUUGUACCAAAAAAGGGAUGGGCAAAUUGUUUACAAACUGUUACAGUUUUCAGUAAUGAAAAAUUUAGUUUUUUUCUUGUUAGUCUAGUUUAACCAUUUAUUUAACCCCUCACCAGUAGUAAGAAAUAUGUAACAAAUACAAGAAGUACUUCCAGCAGUGAGAUGGUUGGAAUGCAAUAUAAAAUACAAACAAGCCAUUCUGUCCUUCCACCAGCAUUUAACAACCUGUACCUUAAAAAAAACCUCUAAGUGUACAAAACUGACAAAGAUAUCAGAUUUUCCAAAUAAGAACAUGAUUGCAAAUUGACCCACAAGAUGAUCUGACUUUACUUGUAGUACAACGCUAAAAGUAGCAUAAAUCUCAAAUUGGUGUCCCUAGUAAAUGCAAUGUGUUGUGUGGAGCAAAUGAAUUCAAACAGGUGAAACAGUAUGAUAAAUGCUAAUGCAUAAGGAGCUGCUUGAUUCCAAAGUCUUUUUACCAACAUUAAGCAGACUGUACAGAAGUUUAUAGUUUGCUUAUAAUUAGCUGUGUUGAGGCUGUAGAUUAUGAGACUACCACAAACCCUAGCCACCCUUCAUUCAUAACUUCCCUUACUCAGUGUUAUAAUUUGUAAUGAGUGGUGUGUAAUACCACAUUUUUAUCAAUCUGAACAGGGAAAAGACAUAGGUCACAUAUGGGAACUUGGAGGUGGAACAUUCCUUUCCAAAUUAAUUGAAAUUCCUCUGACAUCUGUAACUAUAAGGUGAGAGCUAACUGUUAUUCAAGCUUAACAUUUGGACUCCUGAGAAUGGCUAGCAUCCUAUUUCUCCUUACAAUAUCACCCCUGAGUCACACAUCGAGGUCAUGAGAAUGAAGGAAAUGAUCACUAACAAGAAGCUCUUGCUUGUUAAACAAAUUCUCCUUGUCAGCACUUAAAGAAAUAUGUAGAGAACAGCAUGGAGAAUAUGCAUACUGUUGUUAGGGUGUAAUGGUUUAUGGCUGAUUUACAUGCCAGGAUAAUAUGGUUUUUACUCAUGAUCAUCACAUGUCAUUAGUUUCUUGUAUGACAACCAUUUACCAGCUUUGCUGAAAUAUCUAAAUCACACCGCCAACAACUCUGAUAGUCAUACAAAAAACAGGAAAUGCUGCAUAAAACACUUUUUAAAGUCUUGCAAAACUUGUUAGUAAAAAGAUAAAAAUGGGCACUGAUGAAUGGGCUGGGAAAGCUGACAAGAUACAGAGGUUUGUAACCUGUAAUGGACCAAGAUUGCAUGCAGGUGGAGUUCCAAUGCUUCUACAGUAGAUGCUUCUUGUCACAGAAUCAGAGAUAAGCUCUAAGCAGGUCAACUAGUAGGUUUGAUUGCUGACAGACUCUCCACCUACUUAAUACAAUUGUUCCUGAUUCAAAUAUUGCUGAGGUACAGUAUUGGGAUACAGCUGCAGUGGUUCCAUGUCACUCAUCCAAUUUUUACCAUUUUCAUGGACAGGAGUAUGGCUGUUGCAAUUGUCUUGGACUUGUCUCUUCCAAAUGAACUGUGGAACACAAUGGAAACACUUCUCUCCCAGGUAAAGAAAGGGUUUGAUAUUUGUAGAGAGGUGGAAUUAACCUCUGUAAGAGAGAGACUGAAAUUGCAUAAUUACCUUUUUUCUGAUAUGCAGCCAAUAAUUCCUAUGCCAUAUACUUCAGCUGGUCUUAUAAGUGUGCCAUUAACAUUAACUUAACACAUCUUUGUGACCAAUAUGUGUCCUUCAUAAGGUCAUCUUUGUUAUUAAGUUAUCUGCAAGUGCUAAAUCAAAUACUAAAGUCUAAUAGAUAUACCUUCUUGUAUAAGGUAUUUACACUCUUCUACUAAGUCUCUCCUUAGUAUUCUCCAUGGAUGUAAAUAAAUGUGACCAAAAGUUACCCAUGCUGAAGGAAACCUUAAUUGUUACAAAAGAAUAACGAGGAAUUUGUUAUGAUUCUUGAAUUGUUUGUUUAGUUCUGAGUUUCUUUUUGCAGGAUUUAUUUAUUAUGUUAUGGUGUGUGUCCUUAGGUCAAAUCUAAAGUGAACAAAGCCCUGGAAGGUUUAGAGAGCAAAGAGCCUGGGUAAGGUACAUUUUGCUAUAUACUGAAUGAUAUUUUGUGUAUGCUCUAUUACAUGAUGUUACAUAUGGGCUGAUGUUUCCAUAAAAGCUGGUCAGCAGUCACCACUAAGACUUACAGCUGUCUGUUUAGCCUGCAAGCAGCCCUCCUAUUUGGGUUUUGCCUUAUGACCCUCUUCCAUGCAUGGAAGCCUUGUUACACCAUCGGCAUAUGCUUAUGGAAAAGUUAUUGAAAACCCUGCUGCUGAUAUGGCUGCUAUCUUGUUUAGUCUAAUGAGGCAACACCUGCAUCUACAUACCUGCUGAUGUGGAUGCAAUAAAGUGUUUCCACCUGUUUGCUGCUCCUCUCAGAGAAGCAGUCCCUCUUUUCCAGCUUUGUGCAUGGAUGUAUCCAAAACAAAUUUGGCUCAUAUGAAAUGGGAGAUGCAGUCUAGUUGUUAGGACUGAAUCAAAGGUUCAAGUUGUGAGUGGGUGACUGUGCUUGGUUCUUGGGCAAGACACCUUAUCCUUACAGUGUCUCUCUCCACCCAAGAGUAGGUAUGGGCACUGGCAAACUGUCAGGGAGACAUAGGGAAAUAUGGUGGGGAAGGGGGGUUAACCCCUUAAUAGUCACUCCCAGUUGUUACAUGGUGCUAAUUCUUCCUUUUUGUCAUGCCUAUAAAUUUUUCACCUGCCUUACUACUGCUCUCACUCUAACUCCUGGAGAGGAUGCCACAUGCUGUAACCCUGUCCCCAGAGGUUUCACAGUUUUUUGACAUCCCACUGUCAAGUAUUUAUACAGUGCAAUGUCAUUUAUUCACUAUGAGGAAAACAGGCUUGUCAGAGAACACACUUUGAAUAACCUUCAGGGGAUCUUUAAAAUUAGAAUCUGGUGUUAAACCAUGAGAAACUGCUUGAAAUGUUAAUUAAUCACGGUUUCUCGUCUUUCAAAGUUCUGUGCAACAGAUUAAGAAGCAAGCUUGGAAGAAAUUUGGAGAAGAACAUCCUGUAAGUGAGAAGAAGUAACUUCUGUUCAUUAACACCUUCUGAAAAUUUAGCCCAAAUUUUUUUACCUUGUUAUGGCAAUCAGUAUUGAUACUAUUUGGAGUUUGUUAAUUCCUGCAAUGUGUUGGUGUAAUGGUUUAUUGUUACAAUUUUCAGACAUCACCUGCUAGCUUCUAUCUCUUAUGUCAUAUUCAAUGACAUUUAGUUGUUUUUAUUGAAUAACCAAACUAUAAUUUGGAGUGAAACUUUUGAAUUUUGUAAUAACAUUAGAUCAUGUAGUCUGAUUGUCCGACUGAAAGUAGUCCUGAGAUGGACUGUUGUCAGUGGUGGUAGCUGGCGUUUCUUAAACCUUUGUGGAGGUCAUUAUUAGUGUUGCGUCUUGAAUUUGGAAGCAAAACCAAGGCCUGUACGGUAUUUGGACCCAUGACCUCUGCGAUGCCGGUGCAGUGCUCUACCGACUGAGCUAACAAGUUAACUGGAAGCAGGUCAUUUUGUUGGUUCAAAAUAAACCCGUGAAGUAAUGAAUAAAUGACUGUUAAUAUAUGAUAAUCAAAUAUGUGCAUUGUGGUUUAAGAAAUGAAUUUGGAUGCGAUCUUCACAGUGAUGAACACUACCCACGCAGUGGUGAAAAGUCACUUGAUUCUGAUUAUGUAAUCCUUCGAUGUUAUCGAACCGUCAGUUCCUUCUGUCUUCUUAGGACCACUCUGACGCGGAAGAUCAGACUACACGAUCAAUUUAAUUCAAUGAACUGAUAUUUUGAAAUCAGAAAUGAAUCCAUUUUUCUGUAGGACAAAUCUUCCAUCGAUCCGUUUCCUAUACCUCUGGCCAUAAUUGGCGGAAAAUACGAUAUUUAUCAGGUUCGUAGUCAACCGACCUAUCAGGAUUUAAGGUUACUUCCCACCUUUAGAUGCCGAAAAAAUCGAUUUUUCUUCUAUUUGACUAAACUGAAUUCAAACAUUUAACCUAACGUCUCCAUAAAAAAAAAUUCUGAACUCUUUCACACCUUACCGGCUCUUGACACUUCCUUAAAUUAUAUUUUAUCGUAAUCUGCAGUUAUUAAGCUUUCUUCUGAUGAAUAGUUUGCUAGGAUUUUAGUGAAACUAGCGCGCAUACGAAUUUUUUUUCCCGAAGGACACCCGCGGAGGUGGGAAGUAACCUUAAGGUAGUGAGAGGGGCAGGUUGUGUUCCAUCAUUGUGUUACUAGUAUUGUCUCUUAUUUCACUCCAUGGGCAGUCUCAUGCUAUAGAGGGGGUGGGCGGGAGGGAAUUUGUGAAAUUGGAAGUCACUGUACUCCAUAUGGAUUAUUGCUAUAUCUAGGAACAUUCUACAACUUGUGAUUCACUGCGAUUCAGGUGUAAAAGGGGCCGAACGUGGGCUGUUGGCAAUAGACAUGCUCCUGGUCGCAUCUUUGCGAUACUCAUGGUGUUGUAGGCAAUAUGGCAACUGUUAGAGAUGUCCUAAUACUUUACGCUUCUGCAUAUAACAGGAAACGCUUGUUCUGUCAGAAUGUAUACCUUGUAGAGAGGAAAUGAAGGUUAAUUAAACACUAUUAUGUAAAGUUUCAUUUCGGUAUUUUUCGUGAAGUAGGCCCCUUUCACACGAUGCGGGAUAAAAUCGAAAACGGUAUUUUUGCUCUGGAAAGGCAAUAAAAGGUUUCCUUGCACACUAGAAAACGGAUCAAAUUCUUCUACACACAGUAUAAACAUCACCGGUAGCAGAAUAACUGUCUCGUCAUCCGGUUAAAAGAACUCGAAGGGCUUUUUGGAGACACUCCAAUUUGGGUUGAAAUUGUAUUGGUACUCCCAGGGGAGUCCUUUGUAGCUAUCAGUGAAUGGUUCGUCAAUUUUGUUUUCGCAGGAUUUUGAUCCCGAGAAACGGAAAAUGAUAAGUAGAGCACUGCGAUUUGUGGCACACAAGAACGGCGCUCAUUUGCAGGUUGGUUGAAUUGAUACUGAUUUUUUUUUUGUUUCGCUUAACAAGAAGAACUCAGCUUAAGCUAUCCUUAAUUUCAGUCAACGCUUCACUUGGGUCCAUCAAGAUGCACUGGAGAAUGAGAUACUUUGUAUGUUAUAAUGAUGCCUUGAGACUGAUAGAGGAGUUCGUUUUCCUUUUAGAUCGGGUGGCGACCGAGAAGCUGCCCCUCCCACUAGGCGAAGUCCGUCGCGCUAGUUUGAUGUAAGCAUGCCGCGCAGAACUCUGGGAGUGAGGCGCACGAAAAGUAGAGUUCCACGCAGCGCACUGAUAUAAUUUUUGUUAUUCGCUGAUUUUUAUUGACUCGCGCGAUGGACUUCACCGAACAAGCGAACCUACAGUUAACGUGUACAAAUGAUUACGCUCCUGUGAUUUCAAUUGUCUGGUUUGGAUUCCAAAGAAGCCUUCAUUUUCCUCAUCAGUUUUUUAGCACUAAAGCUGAGGGUCUGACGAACCGCACCCGAGGUCUGGUGGGGUCACUGUUGUUCCGCACCCCCCUCAGGUGAGUUUUCCUCCAUGCCGUAGUGACUUCAUGGCACUUUAAUAGUAUGCUUCGCAUCAAACCAAAACAUUUUGAAGAAAAACUAUGCCUUUGAGUAUAGGAAACUGAACCAAAAAUUGACUUAAAAGGGGAACUCUCCAUAUCUGUAAUAUCUCGAUAGAUACUCGGCUUUUUACAUGUGGAGGAAGUAUGUGCCUUAUCUUUUUAUUCGAGAUCUCUCUGUAGGAAUGGAAUAGCGGCAAUGGAAUGUUUAAGGUUCUUCCCAUUGAAGUCUCCAAGACUUAAAUUUAUCUCACUAGUGACAAAUGAGACCAAAAUUAGUCCUCAUGGUCCAUCGCUAAACUAGCUGGGGACUGGUACCAAAAGCCAAAAAAUUGAUGUGGGUUGUAAUAGAUUGGGGAAUUAAUUCUACGAGCAUCCAAGGCUAAUUAAGAUAAAAAAAAAAUUGACUAAAUUGGAAAGUUAAUUGCAGUUUAUCAUUUUUAGAAAUCGCUCAGGUAAGAGAGGCUGUGCCAUCAACCUUUUAAAACUCUUUUCACUGCGGAUUUUGAAAUGGACACGACCCCUGUGACGCUUAAAUUUUAAAUGGUUUUAAACGUUCGUUGAAAUUAUCCUAUUUUGUAAAAUAUAGGAAGUUUUGUGACCUUAUUAUUCUUUUACAGUAAGGUGGUAUCAGUGGAUCAUAACAAACCCAUCAUUGUUCCGGCUGGACAGGACUCUUUUUCGCAAAUAGGUGAAAAAUGUUGUUUAUUUUUUUUACCUUCUGGUCGCUUCAGUAUUGUCGUUAGUGUCAUUAUUUUGUUUUGUCUCUUAAAUUGCACGAUGUUGCACGAAAAAAAGAGAACUUUAAAGCGAUUUUGUGUACCAGCGGGUACAUCCUUAUAAGAUGUUUUUCUUUGCAUUUAGGAUCACCUCCAGUUGUAAAUCAAGACAUGGGAAAAAUGCACAGCAGGUAAAUACCAUGAUUUGUCAUCCUUAGAUUUCUUCCGUGUUGAUCAGAUAUUCGCCCACUUUGCUUAUCUUAGUGUAAUGAUGUGAAUUAUUCAAGAAUUAAAUCAGUUACAAAACAUCGAUUUGAUACAUUUUUAGUCGAUCAGCUAGUAUGUAGACCAAGUUAUCCAACCUGUUUUAGAUUGUGCAAUGCGUGGAAAACAUUGAGAUAUAAAACGAAAGUCGACAAAAUUAAAUGGUUUUUCAAGGAGGAACUACAUAAGCCAGCAGUUUGUAACAAGUGCUGCAAUCUUAGCGUCAAAACAAUCCUUGGUUGAAAUGGUCACAUAAGUAUCAUAGAUUAAUCAUCUCUUGACUAACCUGGCGAAAAUUUUCUCCGGGUAGUCUUUUAUCUGAUUGGUUGAACACGGAAUGGACGAGUUUCACAAAAGAAAUUCCAAAUAGAGAGCCAGUCAACCCAGCAAAUCCUUUUUUGAAUUUCCAGCAUUUGUAUACAUCCAAGUUUAGUUUACGCUUUUAGUGCUCUAGGUAAUUUUAUUGUGAUAAAAAAUAAAUUAAUAAAUGGGCGUCAAAAAAAGCCACAGGAAUUUUCCUGUCUGGUGAAACUUGUAUCUGAUUGCUCGGUAAGAGUCAUCUCUCGGAUUUAUGAAUACUUUUUGAGUUGUUUGCUUUGUAUUUUAGGGAUCAGUACGAGCUUUGGAAGGCUGCCUACGCCACGUUUUUUCCUCCCGAGGUAAAACAUUUGUUGUUUAAAACUGAAAUCUAUUGCGAUUUGCUUUUGAGUACAGCGCUUGAUAAAACGUCUUUAUAUAAGUUUGUUCAGGGCUAUGAUUAACAUUCUGUCUGACUUAAGAAAUCCCAAGGGCGGAACACAAGCGAAGACCCAUCUAAAGAUCCGCAGUAUGCUGAACCAGCGGUCGACACCAUGAGGAAACAGAAAGAUGAGGUAAAUUAA